UGGUACUCUCAAUGUAUACAAGCCACAGUCCGUCGUCUGCUGAGGACUUAACACAUCCGAUAUUUGAUGAAUAGUUUUCGGAUUUUGUUAGAAUGGCAGAAAGGGGUGCUCAUCUUACAGCAACUGUGUUGAACAAGCCAUCGAUUUUUGAAGUUGUAGCACAAGACACGCUCACCGCGACUUUUAAACCAGCCGCAAAACGAGUUGUCCAGUUCUUUGUAGCCCGCAACCCUGAACGAUAUGGCUGGCUCUCUCAGUGGUUUGAAGAAGUCUAUUUGGUUUUUAACGGCGUCCUACAAUCCCACUACCUCUCCUACAACGGAGGGUCAUUUGCUGAGACGUUCUAUGGACUACAGCGUGUCUGCCUAAAGGCAGGAAUCCUACCAGGAAAAUUACCAAGGCGAGAGUGGCUGCUUUCCCUGUUCUUUUUGACUGCUUUUCCUUACAUUAGGACUAAGCUAGAAGAAUUAUCUGUAAGAUACCAAUUAGAGGAGGCUGAUGGUGUUGCUCCUCAAAAUGGAUGGCCCAAGACUGGACGUGACACUCUAAUUAAAUUCCACCAAAUGCUUCAUCUAUUUUGGGAGCUAUGGACUUUAGUAGAAUAUCUCCGCUAUUUGUCUGGGCGUUCCAACACCCACUCCCCUGCCCUUGCAAUUGCAAGGGUUGCUCUGUCAUAUGCACCAGAUGAAGAAAAUGACUGCUCAUGGACACAAAUGUGGCAAGCAAUAUCUUCUGGCAGCUUCAGAGCCACUAUUCCAUCAAUGAAGACUGUCGGGUCAGUUUUCACUCGAGGACUUGAACUAUCGGCUUUCUUCAUCCAGUUUUUGCAAUGGUGGCAUUCAGAGCAGACACGCACUGAUAUUACUGCACUUCCAGUUCCUGACCCUCCUCCGAUUGGAGAACAUGCUGAACGGUUUGGUGGAUUGUGUCCUAUUUGCAUGAACCCCUGGAAGGUUGAAACUCUUCUUAGUGUUUCAGGAUUGGUGUUCUGCUAUCGCUGUAUCCGUACUCAUCUGAUUAAGACUUCAACGUGUCCAGUUACUCACUACCCUGCAACUAUGGAAGAUUUAGUCAGAAUCUAUCCUGCCCAGUCGUAGCUAAGAUUAACCUUUGUAAUAGUUUUUGUACAUUUUAAAAAAAUAUUUGCUAUGAUUUUAUGUAAGCAUAAUUUGUUAUGAAGAGCUUUUUUUAUGUUGUUGUUGUUGCCCUUCAGGGCUUUUGCAUUCCAAAACCAUUUUUAUCUGUGAUAUUGAAUAGCAUUUCCAAAUAUACAAUGUAAUUUGUCAGGUGUAAUCAAAAAUCUUUUAAUCAGUGUGUUACACAUUUGAUUGAAUCAUCGUACACUUUGUUAGUGUAAGAGAUCAGUCAAAAGUAAGGGUGAGGUCAUUUCUAGGAGACUGCUGCUGUAGUGAUUCUUCCCGAAAUGUUUCAAUUCCAACGGCACAAAGUUAUCCAUUUUUCAAUUUAUUUUAUUUACAGAAAAAUAUAUUUACAUUUUGGUUUGGCCAAUGAUGUGACCCUGUUUCAAGAAUGGCCUUUGCAGCCUCUUAUGACAUAAAAUUACUUAAUGAUAUAUUGACACAUCCUCCACAUUUUGCAUAUUGUGUAUCAGGUACAGUUUUGUAAGUCUUAGGAGAAGACAUUAAAAUAAUUAUAAGUUGCAAAAAUAUGCACAAUGUUACAAAGUCAUCUUUUUUACAUGAUGGCAUGCUCAAUUUCAGUAUGUACAGGGUUCCUACCCUCAGUCAAAAAUUAAAAUAAAUAUACAGCUGUAA